CGGGAUGGGGAUGGGGGCUUUGCCAUGUGCGACAGGGAUGAGAACAUUUUUCUCCAGUUAACGCGGCCCUGCCCAUCAUCGUUUGCAUGUACAAAGCUACAGCUGGUCUUUAUUGCUAUGUCUUAAUAUUUAAAUGUAUGUGUUACACAGAUGCGUUUCUUUCCAGCCUGUUUUUGCUGGUGUGAAUUCUGAGCCACUCAGCUGCGUUGUUAUGCUUUGGCCACAUACUUUCCAUGGCAGGCUGCUUUGGAUAGACGGCAAACAGCUCCUUAUAGCUUGAGCUCUGCACUUUAAAAAUUGGGUGUCAGGGCAUGGAUGACAUUGUUCCAAAUUGAUAUCUGUAAUUGAUCCUCCAGGGGCCAACAGAAUCCUCCAUGUAGUUCUGUGUCUUGGUAGAAAACUCAAGGAACUAUGAGCACAUGCUUGUGGCUAUUUUUAUUUCUUCAAUCUCCUCUCAGUACUCUGUUCUUUCAUUGAGAAGAGCUUGUGCUGCAAAUCUCAUUCCAUAUUCACUGAAGUUACUGCAUGGAGACAGAAAUAAAAGGCUUGGUCCCCAGUUUGUGCUUUCAAUAUCCGAUAACAACCACUUUACAUUUUAGACUAAAUUCCAGAACCUCACAAAUGUUUGCUGCAAACAUCCUAUGCUGGGCAGUGCACAGCCAUCAUGAGUGCAAGAUGCAGAGGUGACCCGCUUGCUGCAUCAGCUCCUGCCCUGGUUAACACUGGGGACGGUACUUUUGGCUGGUGCAUGGGAGAAACCCAAGAGAAAGCAUCUGAAUGUGGGCUGUUCCCCCAAGGAAAGGCUGAGCUCAGUGGUGGCUGUGUGACCUGGCUCAUUUGACUUUUGUGAUGGCUCCUGUACAAAGCAAUCUGCAGUAAAAAAGUCUUUCUAGUGUCUGGGGCCAUAAAAAGCUGCUGCGAGGGGCCCAGCAAAGAGCGUGGCAGUCAACAGAUAGGAGAUGCUGCAGGCAGAGUGCAGGGGAUGCAAAUAGUUUAGUGCUGCAAGCCACCCUUAUAAGGCAGGUACUUUUCCUUGCUAGUUGCUAGACAAUUCGUGAGAGACGUUAAACAUUCUCAUGAAGUUAUGGCGCAUUGAGAUGGCUUUCUUUUUUGAUGUGCGCACUGGGGACUGUACGUCUUAUUAAAAAUGAAAUCACACUGACCCUAGUAAGUCAAAGGGUGUAAUCGGCACAGCAGCAGAGAGAAGCUGAGGCCCUAAUUUACCCUUAGUUUUUCCUGCAUUAAGGAUCUUUUCUGCCCAUCUUUUAGCAAAAUGGAAACAUCUCAGAGACAUUGGUUUCUACUUGGUUUGCCCAUCUACCAGCCAGACACAUCUAAGAGGGUUAAAAAGCUUCAGUUCAGAAAGCUAGCUGAGAAUCCCACUGAGGCUUACAUUAAAAUAAAAUAAUUGGAGAGUCACAGUCCUAUUUUAGAGAUAUUUCAAAUUGUUUUGCUCCCAUCUUUUCUCUCCAGAGUGCAGUAUCUCCUUCAAGACAAGGAAAAAAUCGAGCAAAGAUGGCACUUGCAAGCACAGUUCCCCACACUGGCAAGACCAGCCUGGAUUACUACAGGAAUGACAGCGCAGGGCUGUCUGUCAUUGGGAACCCCGCCAACGACACAGAGCUCAUGUGUGACAGGAGGCAGGUCUGGCAGUUUGCUCGAGCUUUCUUGCCUGUGUUUUUCUGGCUCAUCUUCUUUGUGGGCACGGUGGGAAAUGCCUUGGUCGUUCUCAUCUACUGCAAAUACCGCUUCAGGAGGAGCAUGAUGGACCGCUACCUGCUGCACUUAGCUGUUGCAGAUCUGCUCCUCCUUUUCACCCUCCCAUUCUGGGCCACGGCUGCCUCCAGCGGAUGGAUCUUCAGAAAUUUCAUGUGCAAAGUCGUCAAUAGCAUGUAUAAGAUCAACUUCUACAGCUGCAUCUUGUUUCUAACAUGCAUCAGUUUUGACAGGUACAUCACCAUUGUUCAAGCAACAAAAGCUAAAUCUUCCAAGCAAAGGCGGAUCCUGCGCAGCAAACUCGUGUGCUUGGCUGUCUGGCUGGCAUCUGUCAGCCUGUGCCUCCCUGAGAUAAUGUACAGCCAGAGCAAGCAGAUCGGUGCUGUGGCGGUGUGCAAAAUGGCGUACCCACCCAACGUUGGCAUGGCCUUCAGAGUUGCCGUCCUGGCUCUGAAGGUCACUAUAGGCUUCUUCCUCCCACUUCUAGUCAUGGUUAUUUGCUACACCCUGAUCAUCCACACCCUCCUCCAAGCCAAAAGAUGCCAAAAGCAGAAAUCAUUAAAGAUCAUCACCAUGAUCAUCACUGCCUUUCUUCUCUCUCAGUUCCCGUACAACAUCGUUUUGCUGAUCAAGACCAUCAACAUGUACACCGGGGCGGUGUACAGCUGCCAGACCAUCAACGGGCUGGACAUUGGGCUGCAGGUCACCCAGAGCAUCGCCUUUCUCCACAGCUGCCUCAACCCAUUCCUUUAUGUCUUUGCUGGGGAGCGUUUCAGGAUGGCACUGGUCAGAAUGGUGCGGAGCACUGGCCGCUACUGGUCUAGAGGCCAGGAGCAGUGCUCCUCCUUGGGUGACAGCCAGGAGCACAGCUCCAACUGGUCCUUUGCCAUGCUGGGGCGGCGGCGGGUGAGGAACUCACUCACCCUCAGCACCCAUUUGGCCUCCUCUGUUGUUCCUGCCUCAUGCCAAGUCUUUGUGUAAGCCAGUGUCUCCUGAGGGUUAUCAAGCAUGUCCUUUUAGACAUCACUCCUGCACCCCAAAGAUUGCCUUGGAGGAGGACUGGCCUCCUUGGUUUUGUCCAGGACUGAGCUGGGACACUGAGGGCCCUACAUGUGCUUCCUUCGUGCCCUGCCAAGCCAGACCAGGCCUCGCUCACAUAGAGAAGUGAAACCUUCUGCACCAUGCAGCAAAAUUGGAGCCAGGCAUGUUGUGAGCCAAGUUGACAAGGAAUAAGAGCUAUCUCUGAGGCAGCUCUUAGAACCCAUCCAUUGCUCAAAACACAGCCCAAAUAGCAAGCCUCUCAGAAAAGCCAUGAACAUCAUGUAAGGAUGAACCACACUUCCAUCCAUGGGAAGUGGUGAGAAGGAGCUGGGCCCCUGCUGCAGGACGGCUCCAUGAUAACUCAAUUUUUGGCCAUUGCCUGGUUUCAGAAAGUGAAGGCUGCUCCAUGCACAAAUGGACACAAUGCUGCUUUGUGGGACGGUCAAAGGAAAGCUAAUAUUCUGUACUCACUACAGAAUUAAAUCCUUCUCCUGUAUUUUAGCUCUUUGGUGUAGGGUGAGAGCAGGUGCAACGUAUUUGCUGCAGUUUGUAUUUCUCUGCAUUGACAAGCCACAACUCGCAGUAAGAAUUCAAGGCCACUGGAUGCUCUGAGUUUUCUGUCCCCAAGCACUUAAACCCCAAACUGAUGAUUCAACAAGCCAUCAAUGACGGCACCUUUGCAAAGACAACAAAAGACGUUUAACCCAAAAUUGAUGAGACAGAGAGUCAUAAGAUCUCAAACCUAUCGUUAGCAACAUUUUGGUUGAGAAUCUCCUCUUGGGGCUGGUGGGGUACAAGAUGCGUUUAGGUGGGAGCUGCAGCAAACCUACCAGUUUCUUGGGAACUGCAGAUGGGCCAACACUGGCACCAUAAGGGUGCGGGAGGUCUGCGGCACCACAAGGCUCCCAGCAGUGCCAAUUCCCGCCCCAAGCACCCCAAGCUUAUGCUGCUUGUUUUAGUGCCCAGGAGGCUUUCUUGUAAAUAACCUAUUUUAAUAAUCUGCUUUGGCAUUAGGUGACUAUCACUCAUUAAAGCAUCUGAGUAAACACCAGUUUUCUGCAAGGCUUGGCACUGCUUUCCUAACUAACACAGUACAUGUGGGUAGAUGGGGUUCUACUUUGACAUACGUUUUGAGUGUUUUUUAUUGUUCUUCAUUUUUGCCUUAGAGAAAUAAGUGCUGAAAGAGACAUGCAUUUUUUUCCUGUAUGUGUAAAGGCGGCGUUUGUGAUUUGUGUGGAGCUCAAAUUGAGCAGAAGCUGAAAUUCCCUUCAAUAAAGCACUGUCACGUACACAUCCACCGCGGGGAUGGACUGGUGGUGUCUUUGCCUACAAACCAGCUCCAUCUUUGCGUCCAUACACCCAACCUGUUUCCUCCCGUGUCUGAGGAGAAGCAAAUAGCCUCCCUAUGUUUGCAAUUCCCAGUAACUGACAGCAGACACACAACAUAGUGAAGUAGUGUCAGUGAAGUAGAGAAGUCAAGAAAG